GUUCUCUCAGUUUGUUGACUGUCACUUCAGCGAGAAUCCCCAAUGGGAAGGAAGAAGCCCUUACGCUAUAAGAGAAAGCCAACUGGCUACUCCAGAAUAGGAUGUGUUCAAUGUAAGAAGGCCCAUGUCAAAUGUGACGAGCAAUCACCAGUGUGUAAAAGGUGCACUCGACUGGAUCUCCCGUGUACGUACAAGGUGCCGUUUAUUGUUGAGAAUAGCUCUCAGCAGAACACGGCUGGAAGGCCCCUUGAUACGGCAGCGGUGGGAGCUGCUGUGGUCCAGCCAAUGGUUACAGAGACUGAUAUGGGUUGCAACAAUGGUAACGAUUGCUCAAUGAUUGAAGAGUCACAGCGGAGCACAGGACAAGAUCUCACCACACAGAACAUUAGCAAUGAGUUUGGAACACCGUUAAACCUAACGGUGGACGAUUUGGUGCUUGUUCUUCCAGGUGAUCUUGACUUCAUGAGCUCAUUGGACCAUACCUUUGACGAUUUCAUAUUCGAGCAGGAGACCUUUGUGCCCAAUUAUGAUCUUUUUGACUUACAAUGGAAGAGCCAUAUCGUUGUGGACUAUCUCGGCUCAUUCAACAAGUUUGAGCCAGAGGUUUAUCCCUCAAUCCAUCUCAAUGAUAAGUCCCUGCUGGAUUUUGCAUGGACGCUGGUAAAAUCAACCCAUUUCUUCUUCAACUUCUCGAUGUACCCAGAUGAGACAUUCAUGGAGGUUAUUGAUGUCCUCCUAACCCUUGGAAGAAUAUUCCCGAUAAUACAUAGCAUUGUGCUCUACGACUGUUCAAUGUUGAUGAAGGAAGUCUACGCAAAGGAGAACAUGAACGAAAAGAUAGAGCUUUGGGAUAAAAAUGUCAGAAUACCAGUCUUCAAGAUCUGCUUAGAUGUAUUGAGUGACAGAAUAGAUAACUCAACAAGCUUCGCAGAGUACGUGAGUCUCACAUUUGCUGUUGUCAUCAUCUUUGCAGCCAACGUAUCAGAUAGCAGCUGGAGAACUCACUUUCAUGGUUGUCAACAGUUACUGCAUAAAUCUUCCAACUUGAAACAUACAGCAAGGUCCUACAACCAUGCUGAUCGUGCUGCGUUGCAGCUGCUGGAUAUUCUUGUCGAAUGGUUCCAGUUCUCUCAGUUCGUGGCACAAAUCAGCUCUAAUCAUGGUUGGGAUAACCUCGCCUGGCUGGAGUCUCCUGACGAGCAGGAAGUCGAGCAGCACAUGACAUCAGUAUUAGACAACGGAAUAGUUCUAAUAUGUGGUUAUUCCAAGGGGAUGAAGCCAAUAAUCCAUAAGCUACAGCUGUUCUUGAAAAACUGGAAGGACAAGGGUGUUAACCUCUGCGGAACCAACUUGGUCAAGUAUGCUCUCCAAGAUAAGAAUCCAGGAGUUGAAGGCCAGAUCAAAUCAUUUGGAUAUGAGUUAAGAGCAGAACUACAGCUGCUGAAAAGACAGAAUUACAAAAGAUCAACACUCAAAGACUUCAUGUGGGAUUGCACAUUGAAACACUCCAAUACUAUCCACUGUUUGGGUCUUGACCUGUAUCUCACAGUGUUCUUUAUUGGGAUAAAAGAUCAUGAAGUUUUAACACGGAUGGUGGAAGAGCUUCUUGAAUCUGUCCUCUGUAUGCCCUACCACUCAACAGCAGGCGUGUAUUGCCAUUGGGAAAUAUACAUUGGUGGUCUGGUAUCGUUGAUACUGGAGGACCAGAGACUCUAUAGCUGCUUUGUUGAAUUGCUACACCAGCUCCUAGGGAAUGGGAUGUAUGUUGUUGAGAAGUCCCUUGACGGGCUAGAAAACAUUGGUCAAGCACUGGACAAUGGUAAUCUGGAUAACCUCGUAGAUCCAAACCAGGACUUUGCUCUGAUUUGAUAUGUAUCACACGUACUGGAAAAGGUCA